GGCUGUUGUGUUUAUGUACGGGCACAUGUAGACCGAAAGUACUUGUAGUUUUACAAUGGAUUUCUCGGCUCUCAUAGCCGAACUGCGAAAUAUAGCAAGCAGUUAUAAUGGCCGGGACAUCGACUCAAAUGUUUCAACUGCCAUGUACUGCGAAAUGUUUCGCAAGAUCCUACAGAAGGCGGAGAGUGAGGUCGCAGCGUACGACGACCAGAUCGUGAUUCUGUGGAUGACCCUCUCGCAGCUCUGUCAGACCUACAAAACACUGACCAAGUGUAAAGAGCGCAACGACCUCUACCAGCAUAUAUUUCUACUAUGUGCAAAAGUGGUGCUAAACAUAAAGUGGCAGCAGUUGGCGGAUGAUGAUCAGAGCAAGGAGAAUUUCCGCAAGACGGUGGAGGCCACUCACAGCCAGCUGGUUCACGCCGGAUUCGACCGGUUUGGUCUGCUGCUGAACAUCAUGGAGAAUCCGUGGACCGAUCCGACCAUUACCAAGAUCAUGUCUGGAGACGUGGAGGAGGAGAGCAAUAGUGACACUGAGGAAGACGAGAACGAAAUGAGUGACGAACGGAAGAAGGAGCUGGAAGAGAGGAAGAAAAAGAAGAUUCAAGAGAGGGAUGAGGAGUUCACCAAGUACAUUGGGUCGGCUGACCCGCUGAUCCUGCGGCUGAGGGUGGAGAUGCUGAUGCAGGAGAACUGUGAGGAGUGGGCCCUCAACCUAUGUAACUGUUGUCUGAAGCAGCGGCGCUACCAGAUGGACCUCGAGUUCAAAUCCAUGCAGCUACUGCUACUCUUCAAACUCGGAAGCAUGGAAAAACUCCAAGAAGUUUGUGAAACCAUUGAGUGCCACCAUGGGAUCUACAUCAUAGAGAAGCUGGAGAAAAAAGAGAACAACCAGAGCCUGUGUGUUCGACUGAUACAGAUAUUUCUGGUGCAGGACUGGAUCAGGCCAGACAGGAACUGCUGUACCAAGAAACUGCUCCAGAUGUGGAUCAAGUACCAGUCGAUGGAGGACAAGGACCGGGACAAGUUCCUGGACAGCGUGUGGGCCAUCGCCAAGAUCUCCUCCAGCACUGACCAGGUCAACCAGCUGGUCACCGGCCUCGUCAAAAAGUGUGGCCUCAACCUGCUUCAACUAUACACAGACCUGUGUGUGUAUGCAAUUAACUUUGACAAGGGAUGUUGUGAACAACAGAUGAUUCAGGGUAAUAUGGAGGGAGUGAAAAAGCAGCAGUGGGCCAUCUCUGUGACUUGUAUCAAACUAGCAGAUCUGUAUUGUAACUGUAGUCCGAAACUGGCACGAAUCGCAGCUCUGACAGCAUUCUCUCUGAAUCCGACAAUUCAGAAUUUUAAUGUGGUAAGGAAAACAUUCACAGAUAAGCGCAAAGAGAAAAUGCAGGCUGUGAAACAAGAUUUGUCAGAGGAGAAAGGAAAGGAGACUCCCCAGAAAGAGUACAAGCCAAGACAGAGUAAAUAUCUACAGAAAGUGAAUCCAGCAACCAUUCAUGAAGUGGAGCGCUUGCUCAACAUGUUGCGUCCCUAUUAUCUGGAUCCAGAGAUAGGGUUUGAAAAACUUCAACCUGUGUGUCAAAAGUUCAUGGAUGAAAGGGGUGGAGGAAUAUCGGAACUACCAAAGAAACCGAACAGACCCCAAACAAAGACAAACUCAAAUUCACCGCGACAGAAUGCUGACGUUCAGUUUGGCAGUGACAACAGUGCCGGGUCGUCUCGUUCAAACUGUGCUCAAACAAAAUCAAAAAACCCACCAAUCACAGCCCAGUCCGCCCCUUCGCCUGCUUCAUCGCUUGCCAAGUCUCCUUUAUUUGGAAACAAACCUCGUUCGUACCGUGCUAUGUCCCAACCAGAGACAGUGUCAAAGCCCCCAAAAACAGUUCAGUCCAAUGCAAUUGCCCAGAGACUUGUCCCAUUAAUUCAACCUUCUCCUACUCCUCAAACAAAAACAACUUCCAUUGAUUCUACCAGCAACAUAAGUGAACUUUUGAAAGCCACAAAGACACUGCCACAGUACAACCCAAACAGUAGUCCCGCUACGUCACUGUCAUAUACCUCACCUUCCUUUGUGUCAGUUCCGCAGAGAAUGAGUGGUGUUAACACCCAGGUACAAUCCACAGACUUGUUACGCAGAAAAAGUGUGACCCUUCCGGUCAGUACAGGCGGAGCUUUCAGCAGAAGUGAAAUCAUUGGCGAUGCAGGCGAUAAGUCUAUUUAUCAUCACUUGUACAAGCCUUUGAAACCUCAGGAACCAACCAGCCUAAAAACUGCAAAGCCUCCUUCCAACAAGUUGCAAGUUACAAAUGUUAAUAAUAAGUUUCAGGGCCAUCCUAAUAGCUAUAGUUUAGGUGGUCAAGCAAACUUUAACUCAAUAGCAAGACCAACAGAGGGGGCCAGUUUUGCUCCCCCUGCCGCUGGAGUGGAUAGUCGUCGUCCCUCAGCUGAAGAACUCCAAAGCAUUGUUGAUUGGUUGCAGUCUGGAACUGAGGAUGCCAUUUCCAAACAGAGCAUUGCCAGCUUCAAUACAGCCAUUCAACAAACUCCACCCCCAGCACACACACCACAACCGUCCUAUGCGGCCAGAGGGCAGGCAGUUCAUAAUUCUCAGGCCCAUUCCUCGCUACAGUCUGGUCAGAAGGUUGAUCUUAAUACUCUCCUGACAAAGCCCCAAGUUGUGGCCAAUGUACUGAAGAUUCAUCCCAAAGGGAAGACAGCAGUGCAAGAAGCGGCUUCACAGAUUUCACAAAGAUUGUCAGACAUUCGAUCCCAGGGAGAUGUACAGUUACUUCUUAAUCUGCAGAAGAAAUGUGGAAGCCAUCAAAAACCAGUGCCUCCAAACAGUGCACCAAACUCAGAUCAACUGGUCCACAAGAAGUCGGUAAAUGAUACAAAAGGGAAGAAGAAUCUCACUGAUACUGAUCUGUCUUUAGAGGAAAUGAAGAGGAGGAUAGCAGACAUUGUGCAAAAACAGAAACUUUUGUGUGAAAAUAAACCUGAUCAGCCAGCAAAGAGAAGGAGAUCAGAUUCACCGAAAGGGAAAAAAAAGACAACAGGAUCAUCUUCCUCAACUCCAACAAAAGGUUUGAAGCCAGCAUCCAGUCCAACAGUGGUAGCAACCGCGACAUCAGAGAGCUCUAACACACCGCCACAAGGAGAGGUACAGAAACAGCAGAUAAAGGAGUGGUUCAAUAACAGACUCCAGGUUCAGCAACAGAUAGAGAAGAUAAAGCAGCAACCACCGAGCAUCAGCAGCUUAACAAAACCACAGUUUAUUCUGCAGCAACAAGCAGCACCUGUUCAUUUUGUUUCUGCAUCCCAAAUUGAAAACCUGAGGAGCAGUUCAGCACAGAGAGGAGCUGGAAAUCCUAGAGCUAGUGAAGGUCCAGCUCUGCAUGGAAGUCCAGGACCUCCACAGCAGAAAGUAGAUCAUUAUGAUCAGAGGUUAGGUCUCUUGUCAAAUUCAGCCUCCACCAAACCCUCUCUUCUAGAACAGAAACUCCUGCAAGAUGACAGUGCAACUACAGCCUCUUUAAAAGACUCUAGUAUGCUUAGCAGCAGUAUUCCACAAACACCAAAUAUACAUCAACUGCGAACUUUUCAAGCAAGUGCUCAAAGCGUUUCCAAUGAAGGAGUCUUGCCCAGUCAGUUGCAUUUACCACUUCCAAACUCACAGGCGAAUACAACUGGAGUGUCUCAAGGUCCUGGGAUUUCUGAAGGUACCCUGCCAUCGUCUGAUGGGCCUACCCCUACUACCUUGUUAUCUGUCCUGCUAGAACAGUCCAAAUACAUCACCUCUGUGGCAGCAACGUCAGCCAGUAGCAGCCCCUCUCAGAGCAAAAACUUCCAAGGUGGCUCCUCUCAAGUAAAUACAAGUACUUGGUCAUCUACACUGUCAAAUUCAGUGUUGAGCUCCUUAGCAUCCACUCCAACUAGUGCUUCUCCUAUAAGAACUAGUGCUCAGCAAACUCUCUCAAUCCUGUUGCCCAAAACAGCACAUUGUGGGAAACAGGAUGUGGAGAAUUCCAAUUCUGAUUCAACCUCUACCUCUUCUACUGUGGAUAGCCGAGAAAAACCAAAAGACAGUUCAUUAAUGUCUCCAGUAGGAUACCAGUUGAAGUAUGUUGGUCAAAUCAAAACAAAGGAUAUACAAUCAGUCGCUAAGUCUGGGAAUGACUUGUUGGGUGGCAAUACAAGUGGUCAGAGCAUUCAGAAAUCUCCAUCUGGAAUGAAACUGCUGACCUGCUUUGAUAAUGAGGUUGUGAAAGAAAUCUCUAAAAUGAUUGGUGUAGAGAAAAAGCAAGCAAUGCCUCCUGUGGAAAUUCCGAUUAUAUCUAAGCCUCAACAACAAAUGGAAAAUGUGGACAGUGUUCAUUGUGUAUCUGUAAAAAAUAAUACAGAAAACAGUUUUGUUACUGAAAAUAAACAAAUGGGAGAAAAAGAAGUUUCAAGAUUAGAAUCUCUCGGGACGGUUGUUCCUAAUGAAAAACCAACUCCAUUAACUGAUCUGAAAGCCACUAGUGAACAAAGUCAAGUAGGGGUGAAAAAUUAUAGACAGUCAUUAAUCGAUUCCUUAGAAAAUGGCAUCAAGCAGUCCAUGGAGCACAUUGAUGUGUCUGCUGAACUGUUAGAAAAAUCUUCACAGAAUAUCCAUCCAUCCUGUAUAGAUCUAGAUCUGACUAGAGAAAAAGUGCCAGAGUGUUCUGAAAGUGUUGGAGAUAUCUCAUCAACUGCACAACCUGUACUCCCAAAUGUUGAAGUUGUUCAGGAGGAAUCUACUGAAAAAUUGCCAGAAUCUCAAACUUGCGUGGGGGAAAUGGUUAAUCGUGGUGCUGAUAGCGGUCCUAAAAUGUCGUCAGAGUCUCAGACCUGGACAGACAAAACAAUUGAACAUGGUGCUAAUAGUGAUAGAAACUCCUCUCCCUUAUCUCCUGCAGCUCAACCAACAACUUGCAUUGAUCAAAUUGAUCCAUUGGUUUCCGAAAGUGGUUCCAAGACUGAGGAGGAGUGGAGCCGAGAAGAAUGUCUUGAUGAUGUAGCAAAUAUAGAAGUGAAACAAUCUGAAACUAGUAAUCGCUCAAGAGAUGAAGAUUCUGUAAAUAGAAAUACAUCAAGUUCUGUGCCAGAUGAAGUUAAUUUAAAGAGUAUAUCAGAGGAACAACCAAAGGAGGCUGUAAAAGAAGAAAAAUCUGAUGAGAAAACUGACAAUAACAUUCCAGACAGUGGACAUUUUACAUUAGAAUCUAAGGAAGAAGAUAUGUUAACAGAAGCGGCUGAUGAAACAUCAGAAUUGAUGGAAAAUGCUUCAGCUAAAACUCAUAAGGAGGAAGAAUUGGAUAAAGCAGAGGAAACAGUUAAAGAUGCUGAUCACACAGAAGAAACUGAAAAACCUAAACUAAAUAAUCCCAUCAUAUCAGUGGACAGUGCAAUUUUAGAAGAAAAGCAACAGGGAUUAGUGGUUGAAGACUCUGAGUCUGCUGGGAUGGAAGAUCAGCAAAUGGAAGAAGAGAGCUUAGUUGAGGAAACAGAAAACAAUGAGCCAAGUACAGACACUGUUGAAAUAGAAAAAGAUGAAGCUAAAGAAAAAGAUUUUAAAGUAGAGCAAACAGAAAUACUAUGCAUGGAGGAUAUUAAACUGGACAACAUUGAUCGUUCCAAGGUCAUUCAUAAACUGAAGAAUGAUAUGAACAACUUAUUACACCAAAUCGAGGACUUGAAUGGAAGUCAUGGAUCUAGAUCCAUUGCUGAAACUCUGAGUGAGAUGAAUUGUCACGAACAAGCCAGUGAUAACCAAAAUGUACAGAUCUCAAAACUAUCAGAGACAGUUCAAAAGAUGGAGGAGGAACUGGAAGAGGAGAGGAAGAAGGAACAAGAUGUCGGAGAUCAGGGCUCUGUUGUAACCACCAAGUCAGUGCCUCUAGAAUUAGCAGGAGAGAGUAGUGAAGAAAGUGAGGAGGUUGGUGCGAAAGAAGAAACUAAAGCUAGGAAAGAUGAAGUGGAGGAAACUGAGUCAAUGUCCACAGAGUUUGAAAAAGAGGUGACACCUGAUGAAAAGCCGGAAGAAAUGAAUUUGACGUCUCAUGAAAACCAAGAAAAAUUGGAGGUUAAAUCGGAUGAAAAACAAGUAAUAGGGGAGUUUGCUUUGGAAGAACCUAAAGUAGAAGUAGAAUCUCAGAAUGCCGAGGACAGGUCUACAGAUCAGAGAGAAGGAGAGAACAUAUUAUUAAACAGUGUGGAGUGUAAAGGCAAGAAGGGGGAAAAGGAAGAAAAAGACAAUGGCAGUGAGAAAAUCACAGAUGAAGAGAAAGAGAUAAUGGCUGAAGAAGGAAACAGAAAACUGGACAAGUUUAGAAAAAAUCAAAAAAAUAAGAAGACUGAUAUUCCAGUCAAUUUUGGUUUUGAUUUCAAUGAAGAAAGUCAUGGGGAAGAAAUGAAAAUAAAUAAGAAAUCAUCUUCUGAAGAUUCAAGUUCCAGAGAAAGUGAAUUUGUUAAAGUUUCCCCUCCUGAAUCAAAGCACAAAAGAUUGCAAGGAUCUGCCAUUUUAAAGACCAAGAAAAGGUACAGAGAAAAUCUGCAAGGGGCAAAAGAGGUGGCAGAGAAAAUCAAGGAGCACAUCAUCUCUGGAACGAAAGUUGUGGAAAUCACUGAGAAAACAGCAUUACCAAGUGUCAUAGAAACUAAAGCAUUUAGUGCUGAUGUGAAAAAGAACAUGCCUGCAAGUGCUCGAGUCAAUGACCCUGAUUUUGACAAGCAUUCCAUUACCUCCAAUUCAUCAUCUUGCUCGUCUGUGCCAAGCAUUAACCAAAUGCAGACCAUACAGUCAAACCCAGAAAAGGAGAAGGGAACAAAAGAAAUUCCAGAGAAGACCAAUAACUGUUUGAUCUGUGGAAAAGAGUUUCGAUCAGUGAUGAGUCUUAAGGAACAUGUUAAAAACAAGUGCAAGUCCACCGACUAUGUGAGGACAAAGGACUAUGAAUUCUCUUCACGCUUCACUUGCUGUAAAUGUGGCAUGACCUCGUCAUCACCAUAUGACAUGAAAAAACAUCUGAAGAGGCAACACAAUAUGUCAGAUGACAAAGAUUUUGAGGACCUGCUGAUCAGUUCUUAUAAAUGUGAAUUGUGUGGGGAGACGUUCAAGGAUAAGACAUCCAUUUAUUCCCAUGUCUCAACUUCCUGUCCUCAUCUUGGUGCCCGAAGGAAAGAAAGCAAACUGUUUCCUGAUGACAAACGUGCUGUGAAAACUUUGCCAAACCUUGUGAAUCCUAAUCGUGGGAAACUGUCUAGUGCUACCACCAAUCAAAGUCCUCCAAACAAUGUUGGUUUUAAGGAGAAAGUUCCAGUAGCCAAUGCUGAGAACCAGAGGCAGCCAAAAACUGUCAGUAGAGAAAUGAAGGCAACUGAAAUGAUUUCUGUAAAAAGUGAAAACACUAAGAUAUUGUCCCAGGAAAGAGUGUCGAGUCCAGUUGAAACUGCCAUUGGAAAAUCUCAGAUUGAGGAAAAAAAUUCUGAGGAAAAUGCCUCAUUAUCUAGCCAAGAAGAAAGUCAGACUGAUAGCAAGAAGAAAACAGAAGCUCAGGUUUCUAAUCAAAGAGUCACACGAUCAAGACUGGAGAAUACCUCAACAAAAAAAGAAUCUGGGACUAACAAUGCGAAAGGCACGAAGCAGCAGGUGGUAGCAGAAAAAUCUGGGAAGAAAGUUGAAGAUCCAGUGAAAGAGGAUAACCAUGUAGAAGAUUCAUGCAGAAAGUUGAGCUUUGAUGAAAGUCAAAAUAAAGCUAGUGUGGAAGAGGAAAAAAGUCCAGAAAAAUCAAACAAAAAAGAUAGAUCAACAGAAAGAAAGAGGACCAACAAAGAAUCGCCUGAAUUAAAGACACCAACAGCAAGAGGUCAAACAAGAGGGAAAAAUGGCAAAUUUACUCCAAGGUCAUCAGCUGUUCCCAGUAAUGAAAAAAAAGAAGACGAUUCAACAGAUCUCUCUAAUCAAGAUAAAUCUCAAACAUCCAAACCUACCUAUAGAAGACACACAAGAUCAAAAGGGACAGUAGAGAAUGUAGACCUUAGUGAUUUGGAGAAAGUGGAAAUGAACUUUCGAAAAUCUCGUUGCAGGCAACACAGUGGAUCAACUGAUGUUUCUUUGGUAUCAGAGUGUUCAGAAGUUGACCAACAACAAAAAUUGUCAGAACAGACCAAGAGGAAGAAAUUAGACAAUGAUUCUUGUGAGGGUAAGAGCACAAGUUCUCCUGCAGUGGUUGCAGAAUCUGGGCAAGAUGCUAGUAGUAGUCAAAGAAAGCGUAAAGAGGCAUCUUCUGUACAGCCACCUGUGGAGACCCCUUCCAGAGGGAAAAGGUUAAUCAAGGUGAAGAAAUUUGACCAGUUUGAGGUUCCAGAAUUCCUCAAAUCGCAGGUCAUUAAUUCAAACUUAAAAAGACAAGUCAAGAUGGAGAAAGUUCCUGACAAAGUCAUCCAAACACCUGCCAAAAAUGAAACAAAGAAGGAGAUCAGAAAGUGCAGCAGAUGUAGUAAGCAGUUUGCUAACCAGACCAAGUUAAUCAAGCAUAUUGCCACUGUACACCUGACUCCAUGCAAACCUUCGUCUAGUUCACGAUUGCAGAAGUGUUCCUACCAGUGCAGGUACUGUAAGGCCACCUACAAGACCUACCUACAGUUUCUGAACCAUGUACCAGGGCAUGCAACACAGAUAUUAGAAGGACUUGACAGUAAACAAAUUGUUCCUGCUGUUGUUCAUUCCAAACCUGCCCAUGUUAAAGGUACAGAAGAUUCUGGACCACAGAAGGAAGAAACGGAGAAUAUCAUAAAGAAAGAAAAAGCUGAGGAGAAUGAAGUGAAGACGCGGUCCACUAGACAGGCUGAAAAUAAAGCAAAACCAGUGAAUGAACCAACAGAAAGUGCUGUUGCUACAAGGUCAAGGAGAUCAACCGCUUCUUCAGAAAAUGGACAAGGUGACAAAGCCAAUCAAAAAGCCAAAUCAAGUUCAACUUCAAGACAGGAAAAACAAGUAUUGACCAGUAGGAGUCGCAGCAGAAGUGGCAGAGGUCUUGAUAAUAAAGAGGAGAAACCAGAGGUAGACUUAAACUCCCCUUCCAGGCAGCUAAGGAGAAAGAGAGAUAGCAGAGGUAAUGAGAAGGACAAUGAUGUUUUAAAAAAGAAACAGAAUAUGCAGCAGGAGAAUCAGAAUACAAAAACACAAGAGAAGCAGUUGCCACAGACAGAAGAGCAUAUGACCAGGUCCAGUGCAAAACGAAAGUCUGAGUCCAACAAAUCUCCAGCACCCUCCAAGAAAUCAAAAACAGACCAGCCAGAUUCAACAGAGUGCGAGACUAGUGAAUUCGAGUUCGCAGGAUCUGAUGCAGAAAUUUCCUUCCGAAAAAGAAUGCCCAAAAAAAGGAAAGUUGAGGUCAAUUUUGUUGACACAUGUGGAUCAGAUAUUGAAGAAACAGCUGCAGAAGAAAUUGCUGAAGAUGAUGAUGAUGAUUACAAUCCUGCAGAAGAUGAAGAAGAGGAGGAGGAAGAUGAGGCCAUCAAGGAUGACCUGGACAAUAAACCCAGUAAAACAAAAGAUAGCUGUAGUAAAAAACAAGACAGUGUGGAGAACAAUACCUCCAACAAUCAUAAAGGUCCGGAAAAAGUCCCUGUAGCAGUAGUGGACGAUGAUGAGUUUGAGUAUGUGAAAUCUCCUAGUCAUGAAACCACAUUUAAUGAGACUAGCAAAGCCCUACUGCAUAAAGCCUCCGAGGUGAAGGAGAAAAUUGUUCUAUCCAGAUCCUCAAAAGACCACACAGCAUACCUCAAUUCCUUCAUGUCCUACAUCGACAAUCGGAGCAAGAAAACCAAGGAGGAAAAGGAGAAAGUCGCAAAGACUUUGCAGCAACCCAAUAAGAAAACUGUGCCCAAUAAGAAGGCCAGACUGGAUACCGAUAAAGACAAUAGUACAGACACAGAGGAGAGAGGGACAACCUCUGGUACCCCUAACCAGGCCCCCACAUCAUUCCUGGAUAGUUUUCUGGAGCACUGCAGCAAAGCAACAGACGGGGAGAUGAGCAGUCCCUCAGGGUCAGUGAAGGGAGAAGACACAAAGGCAGGAGAGGACCAUGUGGCAACAAAGACUGAACAGAAGCAGGUGAAAAGUGAAAGCAAACCAGAUGCUGAGGUAAAAGAAGAAACAGCAUGUGUGAUUGGAAAUGUUGACUCAAAGGUGACAGAGACAGGUGAUAAAACUUCAUUCAAUGCAUUCCAGGACACAUUUAAAUCCUUCGUGACUGCAGGCUCUAAAAAGGGCAGCAUCAGUGGGGAGGGGGACUCGUCCACUCGGAAGGAAAGUCUGACAGAUGUGAUUGAGGGACUGAGAGAUUCUGAGCGGACUCACCGAGCGGGCUCAGAGGAGAGUGUUCAGACCGUGAGCUCGCGGUGUACGGACAUCAGUGACACCAGCGAAGGAGCUCAAGGAUCGACGGCCUCGAAGAGCAAGCGUAUGAGGCACAUUUACCACAAUGGGAAAAUAUGGCACGUGGGGGCUGGGAACGUCACCUCCAUGUCAGUGAAACAGAACGACCCCGAGGGACACCCCCUCUCCAGCUCUACCCUCACCAACCCCAUUACUCCAGGAAUGACUCUCGCCACGAAACAACUGAUAAAAGUCGACCGAGACAAAAACACUCCUCACCAGGACCAGAGUGAGAAUACGUACACUUACACCACUGCCGAGGAGUUGAAGAGGGGGAGCCAGGGUGGCUCCAACAAGUGGAGGGUCAAGAGGGACAAGACUCAGCUCAGCUUCAGAAAGUAACCAGCCAGAAUGCAAGGACAGUUUAAUUUUAGAGAGCAUGCUUCGUGUUGAAUCUGUGAACGACAAGAAAGUAACUUUUUUUUUAGUGCGAAAGUUGAAAAAUGUGGAGUAUGAAGUUCUUGGAAUGAUUAAGGUUGUAUCUGCUUUGAAUAGAUAUAAAAACUUUUUUUUAUACGAGUUACUGAAAAGUUUUAUACAAUGUACAUAAGAAAAUGAUUUCCUAGGUGCCAUUUUUGUUAGGACUGGAAACACUGUCACAUUAAUUAAUGAAAUGAUAUAUUUGUUUGAAAGUGUGAACUUGAGUGUAUACUUUAAGUCUGAGGAAUGCAAGCUUUGUCUGUGUGGUUUAUAAAGGUAUUUUAAUGCCUACCAAAUGUGUUUGCAGUUGAGACUGUACUUAUGUUCUUGGCUGAUAGAGUACAAGUUGGGUCUAAUAUUCAAUGAGCAUUUCACUGAAUGCAAUUCCCGCAAUAACUCCACAUAUGCCAGAGUACUAAUAUAUCUCGUUUCUGUUCAAGAAUUUACUUUCCAGUAAUGGAGCGUGAAUAAGUCAUGCUAUGGGUAGAUCACAAACAAUUGAUGAAAAUAUGCAUGCAAAAUAAUCUUCUAUGAACUUAUUCAGUUUUGUCUUGAGAAAUACUGAAAUGGAAGCUAAAAGACUCUUAUGAAUAGAGCUGAAUUGCAGGGACAUGUAUUUUUGGCAUGAAUUUGACUCUACAUGUUUCAGCCUUUCUUAUGUCUGGUUUUCACAAUUAUUUUUUGAACUUCCCUCAUUUUUUAAAUGUAAAAUUGGUGACAGAUGUACAGAAGUUAUAUUUUGUACUCUCAAGACAUCAGUUUAAUUGCAGCAUUUCAAUGGAUAGUAGUGCAAUAUUAAUGACAGUGUACAUACUUAUUCUUUUUUUAAACAAGUAUUUUGUUGUGUUUUUGUGAAGUCCAAUUGUCAGCAUGUGUUUUAUGUCACUUCCUGUUUGUCCAUGGUCUUUAACAUUUCAUCAUCAGCACUUCAUCAUUGUCACAACUAUACAUUCAUGUAUGUAAAUACAAGAUUUUUUUUUUUUCAUGAGAAAAUUUAUAUGUAAUAAACAAUGUAAAACCUGAAA